AUGCUGGAAGGUAUGCUAGAUGCAAUUUGUUUCGUGGUUGGAUGUAUGCUGCUAUUGCUUGCUGCAUCGACAUUCUUGCACAAAUUUGGCACUGCAAACAAUCCUGCAGAUUCACUACUUUUGUGCUAUCCUUUGCUUUUUGGCCCUGCUGCCUUGAUUCGGAUCUUCCUUUGCAACAGCCGACGUUUGCUUUAUCACAGCUUGUUUGAGCAGGGAGUGAUCUUAGAUUUCAACAAUACAAAGACAAGCCGAGAUUUGCUGUUGGUCUACACGUACAUGGGCUUUGCAGUUGCAGUUGGGGUGCUAUUGUUCGACUCUGCGCAAAGUGCACAAGAGGGAAGCAUGAGUUGGAAAGCAAUGGCCAUUAAUACUGUGAUCUUUACAUCCCCGUUGUAUUACAUGGUUUCAUCGCUGCUGAAUUCUCUCAGAUUGGAGCUGGAGGCGAUCAAUUGCAUGUGCUUGCAGAGACUGGAUACAUCAGAGUUGGAUCACUCAGCCCACGAUCGUGUCGACAGACUGCCGCCUUCGCCGCAGCUUACGCAGCUGACUCAGCUGACUCCGAUCGCUGAGGGCCACUUUUGCCGAACUGCAAGGAAAGAAAGUCGCUCGAGAGAAAUAAAAGAUGUCAUCCGCAUCAGCAUUGACAUCGCCAAGAAAACAAGGUCCUCACACCACUCAGUAUCACAGCCGGAUGCUGAUAUGGACUACUUUCGUCUUACCGACAUGUUCUGGGUACCUCGUUUGGUUUCUGGCAAGUCAAAAUCCGCGAUUCUCCUUGUGACUUCAAUGCCAAUUCUGGCACUCCUGGCCAUGCUGUUGGGUUUGGUUAGUUUGGCUUGGCUCAUCAAGCAUCGAACAGAUGCGCCAGAGAUUGAAGUCUUGCGGGCAGAUGUGCCCGGAUUGACCCCAAACUUUGACUAUGAGAUCACAGACUACACACUUGCGUACCCAAGGACUCAGUCAGGAGUAACCUUCAGUGUGUAUGCGGGCACUGACCGCACCGGCUUUAUUAACGCGUCCGUCAUGGAUGGUAGUACUCCUGUGGGUGACCCACAAGUAUCAACCUCGGGAUCGCUCACUUACCAUGUACAACUUACGGGACAGAAAUUCUACCCCACGGUCGUUGAAUUCAAGGCUGGUACUCACAGCCAGGUCAGGAAUUAUCGCAUCACCGCCAUACAGUCUGAAGUCAUCAUUAGAAGUGUGUUCUUGCAUGGCAUUACAACCAGCGGCAGCAAGUACAGGCGGUGUAUUCGAUGGAAAGAGAUCGUGCAUGGUGCGAUUUCUAUUCCUGAAACUUUGACCGAUAUGCAAAUGGAUUUUGCCUUGCAAGAGUUUCAUUGGGGCCUUCCCUUCAAUGAAUCUUUGGACGGCCAUUUCGUCCCAGUCUUCAAGAGACCUGAAGAUGUACUCAAUGUCAGACAGCAAGCUGUUGGCUGUGGCACAUGGUGCCGACUGCACCCUGAAUGCUGGGGCUUGAAGGAGGCAGACAACGGUUGCUAUUUUGUUAUUGGUCCAAGUCCGUCCAGUACAAGCUGUGAGGAUCUUCAUGCAGCAAAGGCUUCUGAACCUCCGCACCUUGGAGUGUCAGUGAGUGUUUGUAGCAUUGAUGAUCCUGGUCAUUGCGCUCCAACAACCUUGUCAGGGCACGUGGUCAGCGCCAAUAUCAACGGUUUGACAACACUUGCAUCAACAGAAAACCGUCUCCUGGUGCAGACAAGUCUUGACCUGGGUGCCGCUACCUAUGUCGGUGAGAAGUAUGAGGUGGGAAAAUCAGUGCUUGUGGCGGGACGCUACUAG